AGGCCUGAAGGCAACGGGGGCAGGCCAGCAAAGGGUCUGCAAAGACCGACUGCAAAGGCCAGCGAGAGGUGAAGUCAGAAAGUGAAGUUUUGAGCUGGAAGAACUGGAAACACAAAAUCUACCCGCGGCGGGGCAGGGAAGGGGGCCGUUUCCCAGAUGACCGGCUGGGAAAAAAACAGGAGCUGCCAGAGGUGGGCAACCGGCGGGAGAGGCUCCUCAGUGCCUCGGCGAGGAGGACGGAGACAAAGUGGGGUCUUGGCUCCUCUUUGCCCGCCUUUGCCCGUCCCGUCCCGGGGGAGGAGCCCCGGGGGAGGCGGCGGCGGGGUCCCCCGGCCGCCAUCGCGCCCGUCGCCCCUCACACCGUCGCCUCACGCAGGGCCCGGCGGCGGAUGGCGGCGCCGGUUCGGGUACGACACCAGCCCCCGACCCCAACGGCCGUCCGUCGCCCCUAGCAACGGGGCAGCCGGCGCCCAACGGCCGGGGGCGGCGCGAGGGGGCGGCGCGCGGCGGCCCCCGCGGCGGGCCGUUAACGGCCGGGGCGGGGAUGCUCGGCGGAGCCUCGCUGGCGAGCGGGGUCGCGGCGGUCGAGCCGCCGGCAUGUCGUCCGGGACGCGCUGCCCGGUGUGCGCCGAGCCCUGGGUCUCGCCGCGGCUGCUGCCCUGCCUGCACUCGUUGUGCGCGCCCUGCCUGCGGCGGCUGGGGCCGCUGGGGGAGCCGGGCCGGGCCGCCGCCGCCCGCAGCGUCCUCUGCCCGGUGUGCGACGCCGAGGUGGCCCUGCCGCCCGGCGGCGUCGGCCAGCUCACCCCCGACUACCUGGCGCUGAGCCGCGGCGGGGCGGCGGCGGCGGCGGCGGGGUGCGACCUCUGCGCCGACGGGGCGGCCGUGAGGCGGUGCCUGACCUGCGGGGCCAACCUCUGCCUCUUCUGCUGCCAGGCCCACAGGAGACAGAAGAAGACGGCCUCUCAUGCUGUGAUGGAGCUGGAGAGCACCAAGGAUCGCAGCCAGGCUGAGAAGCCUCUCUUCUGCCCUUCCCAUCCCACAGAGAGGCUAAGGCUGUUCUGCGAGCAGUGUGACCAGCCUGUGUGCAGAGAUUGUGUUGUAGACAGGCACAGGCAGCAUCCCUAUGACUUCACCGGCAAUGUCAUCCACAGGCAUGGGGACGCCCUGCGGGAGCUGCUGAAAAGCACCCAGCAGCGCAUGGGCACCCUAGAGGGUGUGCUGAGCCAGAUGGAUGACAUGGGUAGUGCCUUACGUGAUCGCACAGAGGCUGUGGCCACAGAGAUCUGUCUGUUUGCCAGUGGGUAUGUGAAAGCGAUUGAAGAGCACCGGGACCAGCUGUUGAAGCAGCUGGAGGACCUGAAGGUGCAGAAGGAAAACCUGCUGCACUUGCGGAAGGCCCAGCUGCAGCAGCUGCUGCUGGACAUGAGGACAGGUGUGGAAUUCACAGAGCGCUUGCUGACAAGUGGCUCGGACCUGGAGAUCCUUAUCACCAAAGGGGUGGUAGCAAGCCGGCUGGCAAAGCUGAACAGCGUUGCUUACAACACCCAUCCCGGCGUGGACGACGGGAUCCAGUUCUCUCCCCAGGAGAGGGCAGGGCAGUGUCGCGGCUAUGAACUUUUUGGGGCUAUUCUCAAUAAAGUGGUUGAUCCAGCCAGAUGUACCCUGCAUGGGGAAGAUCUCCACAGUGCCCAUCAGAACCAGCUGACUGGCUUUACCCUGCUCUGCAGUGACACCACGGGAGAGCGGAUGGGACGAGGAGGAGAAGCUGUGCAGGUCACCAUCACCCACAAGGACAAGAGGGACUGUGCAGUCAAGCCAAAAGUGUGUGAUAAUGGUGAUGGGACCUACCAUGUUUCCUACAGCCCUGAGGAGCCAGGCUUGUAUGCUGUCUGCGUCUAUGUGAAAGGGCAACAUGUAAAGGGCUCUCCAUUCACUCUGAUGGUGAAAAACAAGAUCCGUGAGCACCAAGGCGUGUUUCACUGCUGCACGUUCUGCUCAAGUGGAGGGCAGAAAGCUGCUCGCUGUGCCUGUGGGGGUACCAUGCCAGGUGGGUACCAAGGCUGUGGCCAUGGACACAAAGGUCACCCUGGCUGCCCCCACUGGUCAUGCUGUGGACAAGUGAAGGAGAGCUCUGAGUGCUUGGGAGGGCCACCCAGUGACACCUCGCAGAGGAGUUUGCUCAGGACAGUUGCACUCUGAGCAGCCAGGUGAGCCCCUGCAAGCCCAGGGCACUGCUGCUGGCUGCUGCAGGAGCACAAACCAUGAGGAUCCCUGUGAUCACUGCAGACCCUUGUUGCCAACAUUGUGAUGGGUGCGAACUGAGAAAGAGGAAUGAGGAGAAAUAAAAUUGUGCCUUAUAUUCCACCCAGGGCUGCGUAUGCAAAGCUGUUUUGUGCCUGAACAGGAGCAAACUCUAGGAAUUGUACUGGUGCCUACACUUUCAAGGACUCAAGGCCCAUGGGGUCAGGCUCUACGGGAAACUCAAUCUGAGCAGUUACCUCACAAGAGGGCCAAGAUGUGUCUCCUUCUGCAGGAUCGACAGUCUCUGCUGUCCUCCUUGAAGAAGCCAAAACUGCUUGUUGGGGCACAUUCCAAAGGGUUUGUGUUCGUGCCUUGGAAAGGCUUGGCAGCCUGAAUAUCGCUUCUGCCUCCCAGUUAGAUAUGCGGUGCAUGUAGCACAGUCACACUACUGGGAGCUGCUGUUGUGUUUGACACUCUUAUAUUUUCUCCAAGU